UUGAAUGUUUGCUUAAACAUUCAAUACCUCAAAAUACGCGUUAAAUAUAAAAUAUAAUUAAAUCAAUAUUCGAAUAUAGUGAAAAUUUGAACGGGCGGUUAUUAUCUAUUUAUGUAAAUACAAACGAAAUUUUCAUUGAUUUUGAUCGUAAUCGAGUUAGUUCUCUUUUGCGUUCCAACGAAUAAACAUCAAAGGACUCUCUUUUCAAACGGAUAAGCUUAAAAAUAUUAAACUUUUGAUUAUUUUACAAUUAUUUAAACAAUUUGAAACAUGAGCGGAAUAUAACUAAUAUUUAAGUAAUAGUACGUUUGUUUAAACAUUCUAUAACUCGAAACACGUGUUAAAUAUAAAAUAAAAAUAGAAUUAAAUUAAUAUUCAAAUAUAUAUGAUAUGUACGCGAUAAAUAUAAAAAAUUUAAUUAAAAAUUUUUAAGUUACGUUAUGUGCGAAAGAGGUAUAAAUUACUCAACCUUAUCGACUGAUAUAAUGACUGAGAGGGAAAAUGGUUCCUACUUGCGUUUGUAGUUCAUAUUUUGUCCACACUUGUCGCUAAAGUCAUAUAUACUUUGAACGAAAGUUGACGUUUACUCGAUCAUAGAUCGGUAAAACAGUUCGAUACGUUUGAUGAUAUCGACAAUUUGGUCAAUUUCAAGGAAUAUAAUAUAAAAGAAGCGAAUUAAGAAUUUAAACUUAUGAAUAUCGGAAUUUUUCGUGGUAAAAAGUUUUUCUUUAUAAAAUAAGUAUAAGUAGUAAACAAUUAAUAUGUUUUGGAGAGUAAUCUUUUCUUGUAGAAAAUUAUAAAACGAAAUUUAUUCAACGUGACUCAUCAUUUCUUUUUCUUUUAUACGGAUAUUUUCGAUAGCAACGAAAAAUGCAAAAGUUUUUACCGAUUGUUUUUGUUAAAAUGAUGGCUUUUACAGAAUAUUUGGAAAAUUAUUAAAAAGAAAUAAAAUAUAAUAACUAAAAAUUUUAUUAUCACUUCGUGUAUAGAAAUUAUUUAUAGGAAAUUGUACAUCGCAUAUAAGUGCCUUGAAGGUAAUAUUUUAAAUACUAAGGAUAUAACAAAUGUUUAUUAUCUGAUAAAGGAAUACGUUUUAAUUUUACUGGUAUAUCAGCCAUGUCUACAUGGAUAUCCGCAGACGAACGUAUGUUAAAAGCAAUAAGGAAGAUAGUUCCAAAUUUGAACAAUACUAAAUAUAAAGGUCAAGAUGGAAGAAUAGGAAUAUUCGGUGGUAGCUCAGAUUAUACCGGAGCACCGUAUUUUGCAGCAAUGAGUGCUCUUAGAACUGGUGCAGAUAUAGUGCAUAUAUUUUGUGUAAAAGAUGCUAGUACUCCUAUUAAAUCUUUUAGCCCAGAGCCAAUUGUACAUCCGAUCUUGGAUCAAUACGAUGCUAUGAAACAUAUAAAACCUUGGUUGGAUCGUUUGCACGUUAUAAUCAUUGGGCCUGGACUUGGAAGAGACGAUAAGAUUCUCAAAGUCAUAGUUGAAUUGAUUUCAGUCUGCCGCGAAUUAAAAAAACCAUUGGUGAUAGACGCGGAUGGAUUAUUCUUAAUAUUUCAGAAACCCGAUAUAAUCAAAGAUUAUCCAGAUCUUAUACUUACACCUAAUGCUAUGGAAUUUAGUCGAUUAGCUAAAUCAAUAUUAAAAAAAUCGAUUCAACCAUCUCCAAUAGUUAAGCCUGCAGAUGUAAAAGAAUUGGCAGAUUCUCUUGGAAAAAAUGUAGUCAUUUUACAUAAAGGAGCAAAAGAUGUUAUAGCGGAUGGACAUGAAGGUACUGAAACUAUAUCAUGUGGCAUGGCUGGUUCCGGAAGACGAUGUGGUGGUCAAGGAGAUCUUUUAGUUGGAUGUGUAGCUGUUUUCUGGUGGUGGGCCAUUUGUGGUGUAACUUCUGAUUCUAUUAUAUCACCUUCGAUAAUAGCAUCUUAUGCAGGAUCAAGAUUAGUUAGAGAAUGUAAUUCAGCUGCAUAUAAAAUUAAACAAAGAGCCACUUUGACAAGUGAUAUGUUGGAACAGAUACAACAUGUUUUUGCUAGAAUUUUUGAAACUCAUAGCAACAAAAAUUCAUCAUUCAACGGGAGAAAUCGAUUGCAAAAUAUUGAUAAUUAAAAACAUUGGAUCAUGUUUAAGUGAAAUUUUUAGGAUACAGGAGAUGUAGUAUACUAAAGAAUACUAAUAAGUACAGUGUUAUUUUAUGACAAAUUAGAUUACAUACAUGCAUUUAGCAUUCUUGAUAUCUUAUAUAUGCAAAAGUCAUAAAUAAAAUAUUUUGUACAUUUUAUACUCUAGAGCAUUUAAGGAACAAAAUAGGAUCAGUGCAUUGGUAAUUAAAUUUUUAGAGAGAAAUCUACUUAUAUAUUCAUAAUAAUCAUAAUAAUAAAAAAAUUUCCUUUUUUUUCCUUAUUUAUACAAAACUUUUAGAUUUUGAAAGAUUACACAAGAACUAUAGAAAUUUAAUAGUUAUUCGUACAUAGAUACUAACAGAAAAGUUUGUCAUACAACAUGUAUGUGAUUUAUCACCAUACAUUUCUAAUAUCAUUUUUAAGAAUGAUGCUCUAAAUUCCAGCCAUGGUAAGCCAAUUAAUUAAGUACAAGUAUUGUAUCAUACUGCAAACUUCUAUCUGCUACUUAGAACCGAUAUUGUCAUCGAUUACUGUCUUAUUAUAAUUCAUAAUUUCAUUACCUAACAGAUAUUUUUAAGAAUGUACAUUAUCUCCUUCCAAAAGUUCACUUUCUUUUGUGCGUAAGAUUAAUAAUAACAAUGAGUAUAUAUGAUAUAUAAAAAGGAGAAGAGGUAAAAAGAGAUGUGCAACUUACACAUCGUUAAGAGAGAGAUUUGGCAUUAAUAUCUUAGAAAAUACUGCCUACUUAUAUCAAAUAUGAUGUUCACUAAAAGUUUUUUUUCGAACAUCAUUCAAUUUAAGCCAUUAAUAAUACUAAUAUCAAUAACCUAAUUUAUCAUUUAUAGACUACGAAUAAAAUGUCAGUACUGAAA